AUGCUCGAAUCAAACAUGUGGAGGACUGUUUUAUCGAUGUUGACAAUAAAAAAUGAAGAGACGUUAGAGCAAUCGCAAAGUUUAGGAGAAGAUGGCAGAACUAUCCACACUCAUACCCAGCGUGUCACAGAAACUAAAGUGGAAGUGAAAAAGAGAACUAAAGGAAAAUUUACAGCCAGCGAGACUAGCGGAAAAAGGCGUAAAUCAAAACCAGUCGGUAUCCAGGUGGAAAGAAAUAGUUUCAUCAAUACAGUACCCAAAGUGAAACCACCUCCCAAAAUAAAAGCGGACAGCGACGACGUUCCACAAGAACUACUAGUGUCAUCCAGGACGAAUCCGAUUCCAGGGUUGAAGAUCCUCUCCUUCACUAUGACUGAGAACCUUGGCCAUGACGUUGCUGUUGAUGCGUUUUGUUAUCAACCUCAUAAUACCAUCUUACAGUAUUUUCUUUCCCACUUUCAUUCUGACCACUAUGGGGGAUUCACAAAAAGAUGGUGCAGAGAACGAACCUUGGACAAAAAAAUCGUGUAUUGUUCAGAGAUAACUGCUCGACUAUUGCAAAUUCGCUUCAACGUGGAGGAACAGUUUAUUUUCCCUUUGAAAUUGAAUGCAAGGUGUAAGGUUUGGGACUAUGGGCAUGCUGUAAAUGUUUGUAGCGGAGACAAAACUUAUGACAACAACGGGUCUCGUUCAGCUUUCGAAGAAGGCUAUAUGUUGAAUGGUGGUUUUUAUUCAGAAGAGAAGACUCCCGGUCUCUACGUCACUUCCAUUGAUGCUAAUCAUUGCCCAGGAGCAGUUAUAUUCCUCUUUGAAUCGAUAUCACUUUCUAUGGAAUCAUCCUUCUCGCUACAUUGUGGAGAUUUUCGUGUUUGCAGAGCUAUGCUUGAGCACCCAAUGAUCCUUCCUUUCCAUAUCGGAGGCUCUAGUGUGCUUGACAAAGCGUAUUUGGACACUACCUAUAUGUCUCCGGAACACAACUUCCCCCUACAAGAGACUGUCUGCGAUGCGGCGGCCACAUUGGUUGAAAAGUUUGCCGAAAAAGGACCGUUGUACAAUGAAUAUUUUGGAACAACUCUUCAGAGUAGGAUUACUGACUUUCUUCAGCUUCCCCGAAUGAAGAAAAAAAAGUUUCUUAUUUUGGUUGGUACAUAUCUCAUUGGAAAGGAGAAGCUAGCAAUUUCGAUUCUGAAAAGGAUGGAUUCAUGUCCCAUAUAUGUAUCUAACAUAAACAGCCGGGGAGACAAGAAGGAAAUAAUAGCCAGUUUCCAAAAUGACUUUUUAGAUCUGGUUUUAACCGAUGAUGAUGUGGGAAAAUAUUCGUCAGCUGAAGUGAUGAUUCAUCUUGUGCCAAUGAAAAUAGUGGGGUCACCCAAAGAGAUUUCCAGCUACUUCAAUCACAACCAAUAUUUCAAUCAUUUUGAGCGAUGUAUCGGCUUUAGACCUACAGGCUGGGCUUUUGAAGGAACAAGUGAUUUUUUAGAAUUAGAAGAUGAGAAACCAUACGCAGAAGAUGCAUCAUUCCAAGAUAUGAUUGAGGCAUUAAAGAAUCGGCCAAAUUACACUUACCUUGACAUUUUGAAGCAGAAACGGCCACAAAGUGAUAAAUUGAUGGACAAGCCUACAUUUAAGAUUUACUCUCUUCCUUAUAGUGAGCAUCUGUCCUUUCGCGAGCUUUCAUUUUUUGCCUUGAUGCUCAAUAUCAGCGAAAUAAUUCCGACCGUUAACACAGGGAAUGAGUUUAGCCGUGCUAAAAUGGAGCUGAUUAUUGAGAAAUGGCGCAUCUUACAGGGAGCUAUCACCCAAAAGGGCUCCAAAAAUCUCUCUUCAGAAUUGCAAAAUGAUCUCCAAUCAUUAACAUUGGAGAGCUUUUGA